CCGCCCGGGGCUGAAAGCUCAGCCCUCCGUCCCCGGCGCCGCACCCGCCGGGGCCCCGGGGCUCUCACCGCGCCCCUUCCACCGGUCCGUGCCGGUCGUGCCGCUGCUCGGGUGCCCGCCAUGGCUCUGUCCUGCGUGCUGAGGCCGCCGCGCCGCCCGCCGCCGCUCGCCCUGCUCGGCCCGCCCGCUCCGCUCCGCAGCCCGGGGACGGCGGCACCGUGCCGCAGCCUGGCAGAGCCUUCCUGGGAGGAGAGGUUAGCAAAUGCAGUGACGCCGCUGUGGAGACUUCCCUACCAAGAGCAGCUACAGGUAAAGUAUGAAAGCCAGAGGAAGAUUUUGCAGGCACUGGCAUCUCGUCUUGAGGAGCUGGGCAUAGAUGCACAGAAACCUGGUGGGCUCUGCUGUCCUCUGCAGCCUGUAGUGCCUUCGCCCAUCAUUAACGGCUACCGAAACAAAUCGACUUUCUCUGUGAACCGAGGACCAGAUGGGAAUCCCAAAACUGUGGGGUUGUACGUAGGAACUGGCAGAGAAAGAAAUAUUGUCUGUGUGAAAGCCAGUCAUGUGGAGAACAUACCCUCAAAACACAAACAAGUGGCCCAGUGCUAUGAGGAGUUCAUCUGCCGCUCCCCCCUGGACUCCUGCAUCCUCUUCCACGAAGGCGGGCACUGGCGAGAGCUCGUGGUUCGUACCAGCCGCUGUGGCCACACCAUGGCUGUCGUCACCUUCCACCCCCAGCAGCUGCGCCAGGAGGCGCUGGCUACUCAGAAAGCAUUGCUGAAGGAGUUCUUCACAUGUGGGCCUGGAGCAGUCUGUGCCUUGACUUCACUUUAUUUCCAGGAGAGCACCAUGACGCGUUGCUCCCACGAGCAGUCCCCCUACCAGCUCCUCCACGGAGCACCGCACAUCUUCGAAGAACUGCUCGGCCUGAAGUUCCGCAUCUCUCCAGACGCCUUUUUCCAAGUCAACACGGCUGGAGCAGAAGUUCUGUACCAGGCAGUCAGGGAGCUCUGCCAGGCUACUGGGGACACUGUCCUCCUUGACAUCUGCUGUGGAACAGGCACAAUUGGUCUCUCUCUGGCUCACCAAGUGUCCAAAGUUAUUGGUGUCGAAGUGGUGGAGAAGGCUAUUGAGGAUGCUGAGUGGAAUGCAGCAUUCAAUGGGAUCUCGAACUGUGAGUUUCGCAGUGGAAAGGCAGAGGCUGUGUUACCACAGCUCUUGGCCUCGUGGGAGGAUGCCCGACCGCUUGUUGCUGUGGUGAACCCUUCUCGGGCUGGCCUACGCUGCAUAACACAGCCCUCAGACUGUCUCAGUGGUCUCCCCUGGAGUGUGUACUGGGAAGUCACACACUGGUCCUGGUGCCCAGAUGCGCUCUCACAAGUGUGUGUGGAAGGUUUUAUAUGUCUUUGCUUAAUUAACAUCUUUUCUUUCAUCCUCCAUCCCCCUGGGAAGCAGAGGGACUUCUCCCAUUGCUCUGCCCUGCCUGCCAAAUGGGCUAAGCUGUCAGCAGUGUGGGUGGCACCCGUGGCCUCCUGAGGGACUUCAUCUGAGACAGAACAUAGCAAAAUACGCGUCUGUAUUUUUGACAGUUCUGUGAUGCUGUGUAAUUAUUUCCUUCUGGAGAGCUCAGGGUGGUGGUGGGAAAGCAGGCUGUCUGGUUUUUGCAGACUACAGGGUCGUCCGAGCCAUCCGGAACUGCAGGGCCAUCCGCAGGCUGCUCUACAUCUCCUGCAAGCCAGAGGGAGAAGC